AUGCACAAUUGGGCCGAAUGGCAAGAGAAAGCUGAGAGACCGACCCUCAGUCCUCCUGCGCGACCACGCCGCCGAACGAGCAGGCGAAAUGCUACAACACUGAGAUCAUCACAGAAGUCAACGUCUGAUAGAUCGUCUGUGGCAGAUAGUCUCGCCUCCGAGAUCGACAAACGAUUCUCUCUUCGUAGAGACAAGACCCUGAGCCUCGAACUUCCUCAUCCGUACGCCGAGUACCCGCUCGAGCGGACUUCUCAAGCACUACGACUGUCUCAAUCGAUACGGUUCUCACAGGUCCUUCCAAACCACAUCAACUGGGACGGCAAUUUCCUAGAAAGCAGUGCACUCGAAGAACAACCUCCCGAUGCAAAGGAAAUCGCAGCGGCAAGCGAUUUUCCGGACGGUGGUCGUGCGGCAUGGACUGUCGUUGCUGGUGGCUUCCUUUGCCUGUUCUGCUCGUUCGGAUGGAUGAUAUGCAUCGGUGUCUUCCAAGACUACUACUCGACCACCUUGCUGUCCCAGUACGACUCCAGCACAAUUGCAUGGAUCCCCUCGACGCAGUCAUUCAUGAUGUUCUUUGGAGCACCGUUCUUCGGGAAGAUCUUUGAUUCUUAUGGACCCAGGCCACUACUCAUUGGGGGUACAUUCUUUCAUGUCUUUGGUAUCAUGAUGACCAGCCUUAGUACCCAGUACUACCAGGUCUUCCUAGCCCAGAGUGUGGUAAGUGGCCUGGGUGCGAGUGCUCUGUUUUAUGCCGGCAACAAUUCAGCCGGUACCUGGUUCCUCAAGCGUAGGGCUCUCGCACUAGGUAUCGUGAGCUCAGGCAGCUCGGUUGGAGGAGUGAUAAUCCCGGUCAUCAUCCAGAACAUCAUCGGUCGUGUCGGGUUUCCAUGGACGAUGAGGACCGUCGGGUUCAUCUACCUAUUUCUGCUAUGUAUUGCCAACCUCACAGUCCGUUCUAGACUCAAUCACACCCCAAAGCCGUUCCGAGUCAUGGAGUUCUUCCGCCCCCUUGCUUUACGAACUCCAGCGCUUGUUGCUUCGGCAUCCUUCUUCUUCUUCCUCGGAGUAUUCGUGCCAUACAACUUCCUGCUUGUGCAAGCCAGAGCUUUAAGGUUACCUAGCAACAUCUCGGAAAACAUCAUCAGCAUCCUCAACGCAACCAGUGUUGUUGGUCGCAUACUACCCGCUUACUUGGGCGACAAGUUCGGGCGUUUCAACGCGAUGAUUACCACAACAUUUCUGUGCGUCAUCUUUGCCUUUGCUCUCUGGAUUCCGGCAAAUGGAACGGACCCUAUUGUAGCGUUUGCUUGCCUGUACGGCUUCAGCUCUGGCGCAUUCGUUGCUAUGAUUCCAGCACUAGUAGCCCAGAUCAGCGAUGUAUCCGAGAUUGGUGUUCGUCUAGGGACGAACAUGAUGGUCGUCAGUCUGGCGGCCUUGACAGGCAAUCCGAUCUCCGGAGCAUUGAUCACUGCUAACAACGGCGGCUUCCUAUAUCUCCAAGUCUUCUGUGGGCUCACUCUAUUUGUCGGCGGUUGCCUCUUCAUUGCAGCAAGGGCGAGUGAGACUAGAAAGGUCUUUACCAGAAUGUAG